AUGUAAUAAUUAUACACCUUAGAUAACAAGAUGCCCAAACAAUAUUUUGAUUAUUGUAUCAAAAAAUAUGAUGCGACUGAUUAUAAUGAGAAGGAGAUGAUCAUUGAAAUCAGUGAGUAAGCUAUGAAAGAAAUUUAAAUUUUAAAGUGGUUCCAUUAAUAUCAUAAUAAAUAAUAACAAUGA